AUGCGGCUGUGUGACUUAUCCAGCCUUGCGAGCUGGGUCCUCGUGACAGUAGCUCUGCCUUCGAGCGGCGCUGCUGCCAAAGGCGUCUCGCAAAUACCUUCAACACAUUCAAGUCAAAGCAAAGGAAAUGGACCGUGGGCUCACGCGUAUCGUCGCGCCGAGAAGUUAGUGCGACAAAUGACACUCGAAGAAAAGGCCAACAUCACGCGCGGAUUCACCGGCGACAAUGUCUGUGCCGGCAACACUGGCUCUGUUCCUCGCCUGGGAUGGCCCGGCAUGUGUGUCCACGAUGCCGGCAACGGAGUUCGCGCAACCGACUUGGUCAAUUCUUAUCCCUCUGGCAUCCACGUCGGGGCGAGCUGGGAUCGAAACCUGACGUACGAGAGGGGGCUUCAUAUGGGCGGGGAGUUCAAAGCAAAAGGAGUCAACGUCCCACUCGGUCCCAAUGCUGGCCCGCUAGGGCGAACACCUCUGGGUGGUCGAAACUGGGAGGGUUUCUCCAUCGAUCCGUAUCUCUCUGGCCAAUUGAACGCAGAGACAAUCACUGGAAUGCAAGAUGCCGGAGUGAUUGCGAACAUCAAGCAUUUCAUCGCCAACGAACAAGAGACGCUUCGGCGUCCCUACUUUGGUGUCGAAGCUGUUUCUGCAAAUAUCGAUGACAGAACCCUACACGAAUACUAUCUCUGGCCCUUUAUGGAUAGUGUGCAUGCUGGCGUGGGAUCCGUCAUGUGCUCCUAUAACAGGAUCAACAACACGUACGGAUGCAUGAACGACAAGCUUAUGAACGGAAUUCUCAAGGCUGAAUUGGGCUUUCAAGGUUUCGUCAUGCUUGACUGGAAUGCUCAGCACGAUCUGCAAAGCGCCAAUGCCGGACUCGACAUGGUGAUGCCCCUCGGUGGUUCUUGGGGCAAGAAUCUGACAGAUGCUGUUGCAAACGGGACGGUCAGCGAGUCUCGGAUUACGGACAUGGCCACGAGGAUCAUUGCUGCAUGGUACUUAGUCGGUCAAGAUGGCAACAACUUUCCAGUACCGGGCAUCGGCUUGAAACAGCUCACGAAACCGCACGAGCAAGUCGACGCACGCGAUCCCGCAUCGAAGCCCGUGCUUCUGGAGGGCGCCAUUGCAGGACACGUUCUAGUCAAGAACGAAAACAAUGCGCUACCGUUCAACAAGAAGCUAACCAUGAUCUCCGUCUUUGGCUACGAUGCUACGAUCCCACGCACAAAGAAUACCGACAUUCUUUUCCAGCUCGGAUAUACCUCUUCGCCGGAGAUGGCUCAGGCCGUACUUGGCAAUGAGGCGCAUUUCGACCAGGCAGCAAAGGGAGGGACAAUUAUGACUGGCGGGCGAGCUGGCGCAAACGCUCCAUCAUACAUCGACGAUCCGCUUGCUGCUAUCCAACGUCGAGCCCGCAAAGAUGAUACUUGGGUAAAUUGGGACCUGGACUCCUUCAAUCCGGAAGUCAAUGCUGCUUCAGAUGCUUGCUUGGUCUUCAUCAAUGCCAUCGCAACAGAGGGCUGGGACCGUGACGGCCUCCAUGACGAUUUUAGUGACGGCCUUGUCUUGAAUGUAGCCGCCAACUGCUCCAACACGAUUGUCGUCGUUCACGCCGCGGGCACUCGCCUGGUUGACCAAUGGAUUGAGCAUCCCAAUGUUACUGCCGCCGUCAUCGCGCAUCUUCCAGGCCAGGACAGCGGUAGAGCCCUCGUGAAGCUUCUUUAUGGCGAAGCCAACUUCUCUGGCAAACUUCCCUAUACAAUUGCCAAGAACGAGAGCGAUUACUCAGUUUACACCCCAUGCCAGCGACGCUCUCCCGAAGACACCGAUCCCCAGUGCGAUUUCACCGAAGGCGUCUAUCUCGAUUAUCGCGCUUUUGAUGCGAACAACAUGACUCCCCGCUUCGAGUUCGGAUACGGGCUCAGCUACACGUCGUUCAAUUACUCAGCUCUCUCCAUCAAAAAGGCAAAGGGCCUUCGGCAGUCAAGGUGUACCGACGAUCUUUGGCAAGCCGCUGCACAAGUCACCGCAAGCAUCACCAACAGUGGCGGCAUGUCUGGAAGUGAGGUUGCGCAGCUGUACUUGGCCAUUCCAAAUAGCCCGCCAAAGCAAUUGCGCGGAUUCAACAAACUGUUGCUGCGUCCACAUGAGUCUGGAACUGUUCACUUUGGACUCACGAAGCGAGACUUAAGUGUUUGGGAUGUUGUUUCUCAGUCGUGGGUUAUUCAGGAGGGUGAGUACAAGGUAUUUGUUGGGGCGAGCAGCCGCGAUAUUCGACUCAGUGGAAAACUGCAUAUUUAG